AUGUCAAAGAUUGACGCCCUCCCAGGCAGCCACCAAUAUACCUUUCGUGGGGCGCUGAGAAACCUAUUAUCAACUGAUGUCACCGUGCAUACCUAUGCCCAAAUCCUCGACGGACUGCCACCAGAGCAAUCAUUCCUCGAGGGCUAUGUUCGCCUAGACGAAACCCAUCCCGUCUUUGAGUUAGGCCAUACGGAAAUGUGUGAAGGGUUCCUUGACAAAACUCAGGAGUUCAGAGACCGCUUCGAUCCUUGCGAGCUACUUCUCUCUGCCUUUCGGAACACUGUACCAGGGUCCAACGACUUUAACCUACGGCUGAUUGAACUUGUCGUCGUCGCCUGCCAUCAGAUCGCCGCCUAUCUCUUUGAGCUAGACGACGGGGCCCACAAGCACGAAGUGUAUGACAACUGGAUGCGGCAGCAGCUUAUGGAGUCAGUUUUGCAGUCAAGGCCUGGAAAGGCCAGGAGCAUGUACAGCAUCCCGCCAGCUGCCUUCUUUCACCCAUCGUAUGUGUAUCCCGACCAGUACCCUCGAGGCGUCGCCGACGUUGUCGGAUACUGGGCAGAGGGCAAGAUUUUUGGGGGGUGUCGUGGUUGCAAGGCCAUGUGGAUUCAUGGAUCCCUUUUCCGGGGUCCUCGGACACUCUACCCGCCUACCCAAGACCAGUUUGAUUCUCUCGUCAAGUUCCUUCUCGCCAGUCCAGGGGAGGGCGCGCCGUGCCCCCUGCCUAUACACGGCACACCAGAAAACCGUCCUCGCUGGCAUCCAUACCACGCCCUUGCCAAGUACCGCAUCUUUCGCGACAAGUAUGAAAGACAGCCCGGACCUGAGCCUCCAAAACAUAGUCACAGGGGACCAGCCCCGGCCGAUUGGCCCGAGAUGAACGACUACUACAUCGCCUUCUACCCUGACAUGCUCAGAAACAAUGGGGCGACGUUGACCGACCAGGAUAUUGCUAAUGCCCGAGCACGACUUGCCGAAGCGACGCCCUCGUCACCUUUCUUUUACCCUUUAGUUUCCGACUAG